AUGCUGAGACCUGCAACUCCGCUGACGGUGGUGUUGCUGAUAUCAUUCGUUCUGCUCCUGCUCUCGACCCUCAGCAGCCCUGUGAUACCAAGCAUCCCUAUCGCCACAUACAAAGGUGUCCAUUUCGGUGUCUUUGGCUACUGUACACCCGACAGAGGCUGCAGCGGCAUCCGGGUAGGAUACACUAUUGAUUCCGUUUUCCAACCCCAAGACAACCCCGACUUCAACCUCUCUUCCGAUGCUCGACGCUCACUUUCCUCUCUUCUUGUCGUUCAUCCGGUUGCCGCUCUGCUCAAUCUGAUCGUUCUGGCUCUCGCCGCAGCAGCACACCUCCAUUCACCGUCCCACUCCGCCCGCUAUCUGCUAGGUGUACUCAUCCUCCUCCUCCCGACUCUUCUUGUCACCCUUCUGGCCUUCCUUGUCGAUAUCCUAUUGUUCGUCCCGCACCUUGCUUGGGGAGGAUGGAUCGUCCUCGGUUCCACGGUGCUCAUCACCGCCGCGGGUGUCAUAACUUGCGCUAUGAGACGGACUCUCGUUUCGCGGAAAGCUCGGAAGAAGAGAAUAGCGGAAAAUGCUGAGAUGAGUGGGGAGAACUUCUACAAUCGUCAAGCCGCUCAAGAUGCCAAAAUUACUGCAACAGUUCCGGCUUUCUCCCCUCUUGAAUCCAAGGCUCCGAUGGUGAACGGUGCUCCUGGAGGAGACAAUCUACCCGGGUUCGCAACCUAUGACUCCGCGGAGGAUCGCCAACCACUCAACCAAGGCCCGCCAAGCAUCGCACGUAGCACAAGCCGCGAUGAUGGCAGCUCCAGAUAUUACGGUCCGCCUCCACGUCGCUCGAACAGCGGUCCUCGUGACCAAUAUGGCAACCCCAUGCCACCUCCAGGCGGUCCUGGCACAAUUCCUCCCAUGCCGAUGAGAACACCCGAUAGCCGAAGAGUCCCUCCCCCGGGUGCUUACAGAGAUGGAAUGACUCCACCUAGAGGAGGAUACGGGCCUAGAGGCCGAGGUGGCUACCCGCCCCGGGGUCGUGGCGGCUACCCGCCGCGAGGGCCGCCUCCCGCGGGUUUUGGGCGUGGAGGAUACCCUGGUCGUGGAAGAGGCGGUUAUCCUCCUCCAGGUCCACCUCGAGGGCCGGAAGGUGCAAUGAUGGCAGGUGCUGUAGCCGGAGGAGCAGCCGGUGCGAUGGCUUCUCGUGGCAUGGGGCCACCUCCACCCAGCUAUGGGCCAGGACCUGGACCCGAUGAUGACGGCUCAGGGCCUUACCCACCGCCCGAUCGUGCUGCGGCGAUAUCGCCUUCCAUUUAUUCACAAGCACCCGAUGCUUUUGAACCCUAUGGGCGGAGAGCGCAGUCGCCCGGUCGGCGACCAUCGAAUGGUAGCAGAGGUCCGUCGCCCGCCGGAGGAAUGCGACAACCCUCGCCACCACCAGCUCUGCCAUCCAUUCCUCCAGCUCGUGUCGCUGAGAUGGAUGGCCAGAGCGGCCCUCCACAAGGGUACGUUCCUGCCAGAGCUGGCUGGAAUCAAGGCGCCCCCGCAGAGCUGCCGUCGUCAAGUAGCAACGUCGGAGGCUAUCGCGGAGGUGCUCCUCGACCAAAUAGAGUUAACUCAGGGGGUAGCGAUAUCUACUACGAAGACGUGGAUCCACGAUUUGCCGGAGAAGCGGACCCUAUGCCGCCAUUGCCGGCGGAGCAGGGAGGGAUUCCAGCUGCUCUGACGGCCGGACCUCAGCAACAACGGGGCUACCAUGAUGAAAGCCCUGAUUCACUUCAGAUCGCGCCGCCACCCUUGACGAAUUCAUACGAGGAUCUGCCGGGCGCGAGGUCGCCUGCUGAAUCCGAGACAAGCAACUUUACAUCAGUAUCGCAAAGAGGUGUUAACCCGAACUGGAGACCUGGAUUUGGUGGAGACUUCAAUUCCCUGGGACCUGCGAGACGACAGUCUAACACGCAAGCACGAAUCUUGGAUGCCAAUCCAGAUUUCGGCGUGCCAGGUAUAGGUCCAGCAGGCAGGCGGCCGCCGCCGCGCGGAAGAGGUGGCUUCGUUCCUGGUGGAGUCAGUGGCAGAAUGCCGCCUCCAGGCGCUGCUCUACCACCAAGUGCAGAUGGACCUUACCCAAGAGGGGCCCCAGUAAUUCCCGAUGGCGCGGUAAGAGAUAUUUGA